CCGGAAAACAAAAAGUAUCAAAUUUUUUUUUUCUUCUCUCCCCCAACCCAGAAAAUUCAAUCCCCAAUUUCCCAUACCCACCACCACCACCACAAUCCACAAUCCCCAAAAUUCCCAAUCCCAUCAAUUCAUCCAUCCCAUUUCCCAUCCCUUUUCUCCAUGGUGGAGAAGACGAAGAAGAGAAGAGAGCCGCCGGCGGAGCAGAUUGCUGCCUAAACCCACCAAACCCAGAUCCCCAAUCGCAGAUCUCUCCGUUCCUCUCUUCUCUCUCUCUCUCUCUCUCUCUCUCUCUCUCUCUCUCUCUCUGAUUCUGAGGCUUUUCCUCCCACCAGCCCCCUUAUCCAAAUCCACCCCCGAUGCGGCGACCCAGAAACCAGCCCGCCGCCGAGCAGAUCGGCGCCCCUCAGGGCGAAGAGAUCAAGUUUCGAGGCGUCAGGAAGCGGCCAUGGGGCCGAUUCGCCGCCGAGAUCAGAGAUCCUUGGAAAAAGACGCGGGUAUGGUUAGGUACCUUCGAUUCCGCCGAGGACGCCGCCAGGGCUUACGACGCCGCCGCUAGAUCUUAUCGCGGCGCCAAGGCCAGGACCAAUUUCCCGCUGGUCGAUUCGCGGGUCUUUGUUGGCGGCGGCGGCGGGGGAGAGGAUUUGAUGGUCAAGCGUCAGGCUUGGACGACUGGAGAGGCGGAGGAGGAGGAAGGAGGAGCGACGGCGGUGCUGGUGAAUGGGUGGACGAGCAGCAGCAUGAGCAGCACGGUGGAGUCGUGUAGCGGGCACCGGGCCGGGUCGAACAACCCGGUCCGGAUCCCGGACCCGGCAAGGGCUCGGAGGCGACUACCGGCCGUGGUGGUCUCGCCCGGUGAUUGUCGGAGCGACUGUGACUCGUCGUCGACGGUUGUGGACGAUGACGACGACGGCGUCGGCAGCAACGAACGGGAUUGUACGGUCUCUCUAUCUCAAUCUUCUACCGGUAAGCUUUUGCCUUUUGAUCUGAAUUUCCCGGCUCCGAUAGACAAUAACGAAGACGACGGCUCUGCUCCCGGAUUGGGUGCCUGUAUCCCCAGCGACGGCCAACUCCCAACCUUGGCCUUGUGUCUGUAACGAUUUUUUACUGUAAACCCCCCUUUGUAUUUCUGCCUUUUUUUUUCUUUCCCUAUGGUUUUAUUUUCUCGGGAAAAUGACAGAAGAAAUGGAGGAUGAAAAUAAAAAAAUUGGUUACCAAAAAGGGAAUCGCAGCCACAGCCCACAGCAGCAGCAGCAGCAUCAGCAAGCUGGAGAACGAUGAAUUUGAUGAUGGGUUGCUUUCAAUUUAGAUGUAUGAUUAGAUGAGUUGAACAAGCUCUAAGCUUGAUACUAGCACGAAUCGCUUUGCGUCCAUGUUUGAUGAUGAAGCCUUGUGUUUUAGCUUCUUCAUCUUGAUGCUUUCAUUUGUUGUGUAAUUUGGUUAGAUCUUUCUUAGAAUGGAAACAUGGGGGGUUUGGGGAGAGAGGAUCAUCUACUGUAAAAUGACUGAUCAUGGCUACCACGAGAUCUGUGGUUCGUUUCGAGUUGUGAUCCUCUCUCUCUCUGUUAUCCAUUGAAGCAGAAAUCAAAAUCCGCGUUUUCUGGUUUCUCUGUGUACAAAAAACAAUAGAGAAUUCUAUCUGUACUAUUAACACAUCUUGAAGUUUUUUUCUUCUUCCUCUUCCAUUGCUUCUUUCCUUUGCCUUGGUUCCACAUACAUACUAUGGUGUUUUGCAGUACUAUUGCUUCAAUGUUUUAGGGUAUACUUUCUGGGAUUUUUGAAGGUGGUUAUCAUCAUUAGGGUUGGGGAAUCAUGAAUUUGAUGAUUGGUGGAGGAGGCAAAUUCACAUGCUAUGUAAAAGCACAUACUGGGGCUCUGUUUCUUUUCUUCUGGCUUUAGGAAUGACGUUACUUUUCUUUCUUCCCUUGGCUCAUUGAGCAAUAUUUACUUUUAAGUAAAGCGAUAAGUUGAAGACUACUUGAAUAGAUCUAUCUAAAUCUAACCAUAGUUGAGAAAAUGUUGUGGUAUUACUAUUUACUAAUUGUUUGGAUGAUGGAUGUUGGUAAGAGGAAGGGAGUGAUUGUAUAAAAUGUAAGAAUGGAUGCAUUGCAUUGAAGAUGGAAUGUUAUUGCUUCUACGAUAUAUUUCAAGUUUUAGAUUGUUGAUUGGUGGGCCUCUUCAGUCAUUAAUGUUUGAGCUUGAAUUCACAAGUUUAUCCCCAUUUCAUUGAUUGAUAGUGAUACCAUUUUCCGACUCCAACUCCAUAACGAAAGAUUCAUCAUCCCCAUAAAUUCAAGGGUCACUUGGCGGCUGUGAAUUAGGGAAGGAAAUACAUCAACUCCAGACGAUAUGUAUAGGCAAGUCAAAAGACAUGAAUUUUAAGAAAUAGGGUAAACGUUU